CACGCAGGCAAAAUUGGAGUUAAUCAUCGACGAGGACAUGUACAGAACCAUCGAAUCGGGCGUUAGAGGUGGGCUCUGUCAGGCGAGCAGGCGUCAUUUACGUGCCAAUAACCCUCUGUGUAGUGGCUAUGAUCCCGAUAAAGAGGAGGUGUACAUAUCAUACAUAGAUUGCAACAAUCUUUACGGAUUCAGUAUGAUAAAGCACCUCCCAAUUGGUGAUUUCGAAUGGGUCGAGGAUUUUAGCUCCGUGGAUUUUAUGCGUCACCCCACUGAUUCAGACGUUGGCUACGUGUAUGUAUGUGACUUGGAGUAUCCAAAAUCUAUCCACGCACUGACACGGUACUUUCCCCUGGCUCCUGAGAAGAUGGUCGCCCCGAAGGAUUGGCUCUCGCCAUUCCAGCGAGGGCUUCUCGAAGAAUUAAUGUAUCAGCCAGCUAACAGCAAAAAGCUGCUGCUCACGUGCAAGGACAAGGUCGAGUACGUCGUUCAUUAUGCGCUGCUCGCACUCUAUUGUAGAUUGGGUAUGAGAGUGACAAAAAUUCACAGAAUUCUAAAAUUUCGCCAGGCACCAUUCCUGCGUCCCUACAUCGAGGACAACGUUGCCAGACGCGUUGCCUCGAGCACGACGUUCGAAAAAAAUUUCUAUAAACUCUCAAAUAAUGCGGUAUUCGGAAGAACACUUUUAAAUAAAUUUAACAUGCGGGACAUUCGAGUAGCCUUCGAUGAGGAGACGGCGAGUCGCCUCGGGAGUCGGGCGGAAUGCGUGAGGAUGGAAAUUUUGUCCCCGGAUUGUGUCAUGUACGAAAUGCGCAAAAGAAAAGUGCGAUGCGAUUUCCCGCUCCAGAUUGGGUUUACGAUUUUGGAACUGAGUAAAUUAACCAUGUACUCAUUCUACUACGAAACCUUGCUGAGUAAGCUCACUUGUCCAGUGAUUGCCUGUUACUUUGACACGGAUUCUCUGAUCCUCGGCCUAUUCUGCAAGGACUACGAAGAUCAGUUACGAGCGAUCGCCGACGACCACUUAGAUUUGUCUUCCUUCGACCGGGAUCAUCCACUGUACAGUGAAAAGAAUCAUGGGAGACUUGGGGCUUUCAAAAGCGAAACUGGUAGUGUACCUAUCGAAGAAGUAAUAUGCUUGAAAGCUAAAAUGUAUUCCAUCAAAUUAGCUGGAGGAAAGCAAAUUGCAAGAGCUAAAGGGGUCAAAAAGAAUAUUGUACGCAAGCACCUCCUCCAUGAGACAUACUACAAUACCUUGUUCAAUCACACGAGCGUAUCGAACGAACAAGUAUCAAUCGUUGGAAAGAAACAGUGCAUGUACACCAUCAGAAACGUCAAAAGAAGUCUGAUGGCAUACGACGACAAGAGAUACCUCAGCAAUGACAUCGAAUCCUACCCUUACGGAAGCUGUGAAUAUGGAGAUGUGCAGGAAGAGAACUGAUACUUCCGUGACAUGCUGUUCUCGCGUGCGGUCUGGGACUGAGCUGUGGAUGGAGAAGGACGAACGCUUGGGUGAUCCACACGGUACUUAUGUGAAAAAACGCCAUGGAUGCGGGGUGGAAAUGUCCAGUGUGCUGGAAGUGCCCCAGAGAGAACUACAAUCUCUCUGAGAAUGCCAUGAUGUGUCUAAUAAAUGUUGAAAACUA